CACAUCCCCAAGCUCGAAACCCUAGCUCCCUCCUCCCCUUGAAUAAUAAAGUUUAAAAUUUGCAUUCAAACCCCUUUACCAUUCUCAUUCCGAGAGAAAGAUAGAUAGAGAGAGAGAGAGUGCCUCUGGUUCGCGUAUUGCUCUUCGUCUCUGGUUCGUCCUCCUCGGUUAGGGUUUUUAUGCAAUCAAUUAGAGCCAUAGCUGCGUCGUUAUAAUCAACUAGGGGUUUUAAUUAUUGAACCUUGAGGGAAUGGAUAGAUUGGCGGAGGCGGCAACGACGGCGUUUGGGUUCGUGAGGUGGGAUGAGGUUUUUGUGUCGAGCGACAAAGGGAGGAGAGAGGUCCAUUACUAUCUGAAGCGAAGCGACGGGAGCUCAGAUCUGGCUGUGGUAGGCAAAGAGAAGAGCUUGCGGCACAUGUCCUAUCAUUACGCGUUUCGAAGCCGAUCCUUCUUCUCUAUGUCUUCGCUUGUUAAGCUCAAGUCUCGCAGGGAGGUCGUUGAUUGGCUCAAUUCCGUCGUUUCAGAUACAUCACCUCACAAGUCACCUGAUUUGGGUGGGAGUGUGUUGGAUGAUAAAGAUUCUUGCAAACUGGGGAUUGAAAUCCAUAAGGAUACUGUAUUGCGGAAGCUGGGCCACCAUACUACAGAGUUUCUGUGGUUAGGUUCUCCUUGGACAUGCAGGAAAAAACGGAGGCAUUAUCAAUCCUUCAGCCGGAAUGGUGUUGUAGUUUCUGUUCAUGAUUUUGUAUUUGUUUUAGCAGAGGAGGAUAAGCGUCUUGUUGCAUAUUUAGAAGACAUGUACGAGGAUUCUAGGGGCAACAAGAUGGUUGUGGUACGAUGGUUUCACAAAGUUGAUGAGGUUGGUAUUGUUUUGCCUCACAAUUUUAAUGACAGAGAGAUUUUCUUUUCUCUGUGUCUUCAAGAUCUCAGUAUUGAAUGCAUAGAUGGAUUGGCAACCAUCCUCAGUCCCCAGCAUUUCGAGAAAUUCCACAAAGAGGCAACACAAACUCAUUUGGAACCCUUUGUAUGCCACAAGCAGUUUGAUAAUGAUGAUUGCAAGCCCUUCGACAUUACUCAAGUCAAAGGUUAUUGGAAACAGGAGAUACUUAGAUAUAUGUGCACAGCUUCACCUUCAAAGGUUCAUGGGAGUUCUCAACAAUCAACCGAGGGGUUGGAAAUGGAGGAAAAUGAUGAUGCCAAUGGUAUCAGACCUAAAAAAAGGCAUCAUUCAAUGAAAGGUGAUGAUAUGUGCUUGGACAACAAUGACCAAAGGGAAUCACUGGAUGCAGUAUGUGUGGAUGUGGGGAAUUUAAGUAAACAUGGGACUGAUUGCAGAAGUAAAAGCGAAGCCUGUGGUUUUGGAAGAGGGAGUUCUGAUGCUACUUUACCUAGUAAAGAGGUGAAGAAAACCCUACUGCAGCAUUUAGCACUGGGCUCACAAGUUGAAGUCCUCUCACAAGACAGUGGCAUUAGAGGAUGUUGGUUUAGAGCUUUAAUUAUCAAAAAGUAUAAAGAGAAAGUGAAGGUGCAAUAUCAAGAUAUCCAGGAUGCAGCUGAUGAAGCUAAAAAACUGGAGGAAUGGGUUUUGGCAUCCCGGGUUGCAGCUUCUGAUCAAUUGGGUUUUCGGAUUUGUGGUAGGCCAAGUAUUCGGCCGUCUCCACAGUCUAAUAAAUGCAAAGUUUCAUGGGCGGUUGAUGUUGGGACUGCUGUUGAUGUCUGGUGGCACGAUGGGUGGUGGGAAGGGAUUGUAGUUCAGAAGGAAUGUGACAAAAGACUUCGUGUGUAUUUCCCAGGAGAAAAGCGGGUGUUGAUUGUCGGUCGUGGUGAAUUAAGACAUUCUCAAGAGUGGUUGGGUAGUGGGUGGGCUCAAAUUAAGGACAAGCCUGAACUUGUUAGCUCAAUCACGUGUAGUUUAGAAACAAAGCAAAUUGCGGGAAAAUGUUUAGAUGGCAUGUCAUCACAAUCUGCUAUCUGUGAUAGCAGGGCCUCGAAGAAAGAUGAAACAGGGUGUAAGGAUUCUUGUCUACUCUCUAAAAAAGAUAAGGAUGAAAAGGUUAAAGAAUUGGGUAAGGUUCCGGAUCUUUUGAAGGAUGAUGUACUUGCCCAGCUGAAGUGGAAGUCGUCAAGGAAGAGAAGACGUAAUGGGAGCUCUGUCCAGAAGGUGCAUUGCAUUGUUGGUGACGGUAAAAGCACCCGUGGCUUUGUGGGAUCUGGUACUUGUGAAAGAUAUAUGAUUCCGUCAUCUCUGAAAGUUGAUCAUGAGAACUGCAAAUAUUUAGGGGAUUCUCUGUUCAGUUCUUCAGUGGCGCCUCCACUAACAAGCUUAGUUAUGUAGUUUAUUCAUCCACUAGUAUAUAUUUGCUCUGGUGCAUCUGUUGGAUGCCGCUUUCUCUUUAGACCCUCUAAUCUCAGCAAUGUCAUCUCUUGAAGUGUUCAUUUGAGAAGUCAUGGCAUUCAAGUCUCUCCAUGUACGCAUUUAACUAUUUAUGCAACAAUAGCCUGAAGGGCCUGAAGCCCUGCAAAUGUCAGGCAGAAAUUUUGGGCGCAGUUAGAAAUGACCUUUUUAGUUCUUCAGUCUUCUUCACAUUUGGUAGCAGUUGGAUGUAAUUUGUAUAUCGUUUUUUUAUUUAAUAAAAUUUUAACUGUCACUCU